AUGUCUUCUAACGACUUAAAGCGCAAAGGCGAGUCUUUGGGAGAAGAUUUUCAACCACGGGAUCCACCCUCUCAAUCCCAUCACCCGGUGACUUCCUCCUCCUAUACAUCCCCUGCCAAUGGCGGCGAGUCUUCCGCCUUCAACUUCGACUUCCAGCCACCACCAACCCGUCCUCGACAUGCCCCAUUUACAUUCGGGCAAGAUCUUUCGGAACUUGGUUCCACCUCCAGAAUGGAUGGCUCGGAGUCAGAUGACUUGCUGUCAUAUGAUGGAUGGCCAGCCGGGGCUGACGACAUGUUGCAGGCAGAGUUGGAUGUGGCCAUCCAUGACUAUAAACAGGAGCAAUUGGAUGAUGAGGAGGAAAUGGACGAGGAGGAGGAAAUGGAAGAUGAGGAGGAAAUGGAGCGGUCUCCUGCUGAUACCGACCAAGAGAUGUUUGGAACUCCAAACGAAGACGAGCUGUUUGCGCAGAUGGAUGCAGUAAUGGAGCAUAACACCCCUGGCAAGGGUAAAGCUCCAGCUUCCGCUGUUCCGCAAUAUAUCAGAUGUCCUCGUGCGAGCGACAACUCAUUUCUUCAGAGACCAACUUCGCGCUCUCCCCCCGCCAGAGCAUCCAGCUACCGAGCGAGCCUUAACUCGAGCUCGCCGCUUAGACGGUCAACCGUGGCCGCCUGCAUGUCAUGCGAGGCCACGAGCGACGAGCUCGAGCAGGUGAGCAAUGCUUUGGAGGAGGAGAAGGAGACUAGUUCCGACCUAGGGACCAAAGUUUUACUUCUAGAAGGGCAAGUUGGGGCUCUCGAAGGUAAAAAUCGGGAGUUGGAGCAAGAACGCUCCGAAGUUAUAAAGCACAUAAAUGCAGCGCAGCACCUCUCAAAAACACAAGGUGGCCAAAUCGACAAGCUCAACCGCGAACUAGCGGAUGUUCGAGUCGAGUCAAGUAACCUCGGCAGAAGUUACGAAGAAACCUUAGAGGCUGCGAAGGCCGAGAUGGCGAGCCGUUUCGACGAGCAGAGCAAGCUCGUUGAGGAACUGAAGGUGGCCAAUGGUCGCCUUGAGGAGGCCGUACGAAUCCGGCAGCAAGAACUUGAACAGGCCCAGUCCAAUAGCCUAGCAAAGGACACUUAUAGGGAGGAAGUAGAGGCCGCACAUGCGGGUGCUCUUGCAGCGAAUAAGGCCGAGAAAACCGAAGCAGAGGCGACUUACACACGCGCUCUUGCAGAGUUAAAGGCAGCAAAGGAUACGGCAGAGGCGGAUUACACACGCGCUCUUGCAGAAUGGGAGACAGAGCGAGUUGGAGCAGAGGCCGCAUAUGCGAGCGCUCUUGCUGAGAAAGAUGCCAAGCAGUCCGAGGCAGAGGCGACUAACACACGCGCUCUUGCUGAGAAGGAUGCGAGAUAUAUCGCGCGGAUCUACCGCCGUUCUCGGGCAUUGAAGCGUAAGCAGACAGAACACAGUCGCCCAACUUUAACUGAUCGAGGGGCUCAUGGGAAGCGCUCCGGAACACAAAAUGUGUCGUCCGAGAAGCAGGCAACCCAACCAAUCGCAAUCCAGCCAGAACCGAUCCAACCUUCGACAAGCGACGAUACCACGGAUGCACUCACUCUUCGCGCAGAGGCUCUCGAGCGUGACAAUAGUGAGCUCAAGGAGGAGGUUAACAACCUCCGCGACACCUUCGAAGCUCGUCUUCGAGACGCCGAGCAGGAGAAAGAGGCGGUUUUUCAAAGCCGCGAGUGUAAGCUGAACGAAUCCCUCGACUUAUAUCAGGGGCAUAUCGUUACCGUCCAGGCCGAAUUAAUGGCCGUUAAAGACGAGAAGGAUUGGACUGUUGAGCAAUCGGCAGCCUCGAGGAAGGAACUGGAAGCAGCGCUUGCGACCAUUAAGGCACAGGUCUGCGCGAUGGAGGAGCAACGCGAGCGACUUCAGUCCAUGCAGUCGACUAUCGACUCGGACGCCAGGGAGCGUGAGCGGAUGGAGGGGGAAUUGGAGCAGGCCCGUACGAGGGCGGAGGCCGGCUUAUUACAGCCAGCGGUCGAUGUCAAGCGGAUCCGGGGCGAGCGGGUGACUUUACGAUCCCCUCGCAAGCUACCAUUACCAGCACCGGAACCCAUUACUCCUUCUGUGGAGGAGACCGUUAGAGCCGAGGUGAAUUCUCGAGUGGAGAGGGCGAGGAGGGAGCUCACAGCCGAGUUUGCAUCCCGACAAGACAUCUUCAUCCGGGCCCUAAGGGAUGAUACUGCACCACCACCGACUGCCAGACAACACGACCGGAUUACGAAGGUCGAGGAGGAGGUGAAGAAAUCCCGGGCGGAAGUAGAAACUUUGAAGGAGGAACUGCGGCAGGCGAAGAAGGCCAUCGCGAAGAAGGAGACGGAGGAGUCAAAGACUCCAGUUAUACCGACGGGGCGGCCAUCGAGUCCAUCGAAAUGGCCAAUCCAACUCUUUCUUAUCGGGGUCGUAGCCUUCGCUGCGAUGAUCGCUUGGUUGGGGCUACCAACCACGACAUCCAGUAUCGGUCCCCCGGACAAUGCGUGGACUAAUACUUCGCCAGGUGAGGACGUAUUCCUUGUGUAUAGGGAUAUUUUAUAUUUCAACCCUCAGAAUGAGGGCAUCCGGGAACUCGAGGAAUACGAGGAUUAUGUCUUCGACGAAGACUGGCAGACCAAAUGGGCUGGUUGA